UCUUCAUUGUUAUCAUUUCCACUGACAUGUGAUGAUACAUGUUUAUUCUUUCUCUCAAUCGCUGUCUUCACCUGUGCCUCAGCCACUCCCCCAUUCAUUUGCUGGUUUCUGCAUAACCAGUUUAACCUCCCUCCCUGUUCAGUCUAUAUAACAUGCUGUAGUGGCACUUUACACUCACUUUUCCUGUAUUACACACGAGUGUACCUUUCCUUCUGUGAGAUCUUUGGGGAUUUAACCAUGUCGCUUGACCAGGACCUAUGUUACCUCUGCAAGGAAGAUCUCAGGGAUCCUGUUUCAAUCCCAUGCGGUCACAUUUUCUGCUCUGUCUGUAUCAAGACCUAUUGGGAUCAUGCAGACCACACUGGACAAUACAUGUGUCCCCAGUGCAGGGUCACCUACAACAAGAGACCCAAUCCACGCCGCCUGCAGUCCUCACGUCAUUCAUCGUCAUCCCUCAGAAACUCAGACUCUUUCCCACCGGCCCCUCCGGCCCCUGACUACAAAUAUGCGGGACCCCAGGAUGUGGGCUGUGACAUCUGCAUUGGGAAGAAGCUGAAAGCUGUCAAGUCUUGUCUGAUGUGUCUUGCUUCCUACUGCGAGAAGCACUUGAAGCCCCAUUACGAAUCAUCAACCUUCAAACGACAUAAGUUGGUGGAUGAGAUCGGACACCUUGACCGUCAGAUUUGCCCGCAGCACCAGAAAGGUCUGGAGCUUUAUUGCCGGACAGACCAGAUGUGUAUCUGUGUGUUGUGUACAGUGAAAGAGCAUAAGGGCCACGACAUGGUGUCUGCUGAACAGGAAAGGUCGGAAAUGCAGCAACGGUUGGGCGCCACCCAAGCUGAGAUUCAGGAAAAGAUCCAUGACAGAGUGAAGCAAAUGGAAGAGUUAAAACAGGCUGUGGAUGCACUCAAGAGUUCAGCACAACGGGCCUUGCAGGAGAGUGAAAAGAUGUUUGGUGACAUGCUUCAUUCCAUUGAAAGAAUGCAACAGGAAAUGACCAAACUCAUCUCAACCAACAAGAAGGCUGCACUUAACACUGCUGAAGGCCACAUGGAGCGUCUGGGCCAUGAAAUUGCUGACCUGAAGAGGAGAGACAAUGAGCUGACACAACUCUCUCGCACUGAGGACCAUAUCCAUUUCAUCCAGAGUUACCAUAUGCUGAUUGCCCAGACUGAUGCCGAGGAGCUGCCCUCUGUUACCGUGAACCCUUACUUUUCCUUUGGCACUGUUACCAAAACCGUCUCUGAGAUGAAACAACAUCUAAAUGAGUUCAGCAAUGAAGAGCUGGUCAAGGUGGCAAAGACAGUGAACAAAAUGCCAUUCUGCCAGCUAGACGACCGUAAGAAGAGAAGGUCUAUGAAGUCUGAUGAUGUUGACAUGUACAAGAGUCCCAGCAACACUCCCCGGACAAGAGAUGAGUUCCUCCAGUAUGCCUGCAAGCUUACACUGGACCCCGACACAGCAUACAGACAGUUAUACCUCUCCCGAAACAACCGGAAAGCAGCACUAAAGAGAGACCCUCAGGCUUAUAAUGACAGUAACCAGAGAUUUGACUGCCUGCCCCAGGUCUUGUGUAAAGAGGCUCUUUCAGGAGGUGCCUACUACUGGGAGGUGGAGUGGAGCGGGGAGGGAGCCUCAAUUGGUGUCACUUUUAAAGGUAUCAAGAGAACGGGUUACGGAGACUCAGCUCGUAUUGGCUACAACCGCAAGUCCUGGAGUCUCUUCUGCUCUGACUCCAGCUACUCAGCUCGACACAAUAAAGACCAGGUUGAGAUUAACACACCCUACUCUUCCCGUAUCGGGGUGUUUCUGGACUGUGCAGGAGGCACUCUUUCAUUUUACACUGUGUCUGAGUCCAUGUCACUUAUUCAUCAGUUUAAAGCCUCUUUCAGUGAGCCUGUAUAUCCUGGCUUCUGGGUCUGGUAUGAGUCUUCUAUCACUAUUUCUCAAUUGUAAAUGAUUAAACCGGACAGGGGAUAUGAGGGCAUUACUACCAGGUUUUUAAAAUUUGUAUUUUCUAUUUUUAUUUUUACUUUUUUAUGAAUGACUUCUGGUGAAGCUGAUUACAGUUAGUGCAUUUAAACUGAAAGUUUUAAACUUUGAUAUACCAACUAUGUUUAUACAGUAUAAAAAAAACUACUUUUUACAAAUUUGCAAAAAUGUUAAAGAAGUUACAAAGAAUUAUAUAAAAAUAUUUAAAUAAAUUGUGAAAAAAUGUUUAGCUCAUUUUCAAAGAAUACAGACCUUACAAAAAGUCUAAUAUCUUCAAUGUAAUGUUGUUUCCAUCUGUGUGAUUAUACUUUUUGAUUAAUAUGAAGGUUAAGCAGAAGCCACAAAAGUUUUUUACAGUAUAUCUUAAGUUUGAUUUAUGUGGGUCAUUUUGUCUGCAUUAAUGAUCACAUAAUAAAAUUAUAAAAUUAUUUAUUUAACAAAUUGGGGAAAAAUCAGAGCUGAAUCACAGUUUAGAGUAUUAAAAAGAUGUGACUUCGGACAUAUUGCGAGAGUGACCUCUACUGGUUGUAAUCACAUCUGACUCAACAAUGGGGCAAUUUUGAACAAAUAAAACUUUACUGAUUUAUUUC